UGCGUUUCGGUAUCACUUUGCACUUGUAAAUCUAUUCGCUUUAUAUUUUGUCACCACAUUUCUCCCACCGCACCUCCAGCACCUCGACAGCUCAUUCCCAGGCAGAAAAUAGCAUGCAAGGCAGCUCGCCUGCUGCCACCGGUGGGCCCGAAGCAUCCCAUCAGCCACUACCACCGAUCGAUCCUCCGGCAGCCGUUCAACAACAGGUUACAAUUCCGACACUUCAGGUAGCUCUUGAAAAUCCAAAUCCUGUCCCCGAUGCACCUGCAGGAGUGAAUUCAAUGGUCGAUCCUGAAGCACAAUUAUCUGACGGAAUAAAUGCGGUUGAGCUUGGAACUGCUGCAGACGAUUCGACAAAUCUCAAUGGGACUAUUAUUGAAACUAUUGCCGACAGCUCAACAGCUGGAGAGAUCACGACUUACCAAGGGGGUAUACCCCCAUAUUCUGCGCCUUCACAUGUCAUCUAUCCCGAAGAAAACAUUCCUAACCCAUUCGUGGGCGACAUGCGGCCCCAACCCGUCUUUGAUAACCUACGGCCUCAUUCGCUUUUUCGCCCAGCAGUCCUGCCAGCAGAUGUCGACCUUCGUCUUGAUCAGAGCAGUAUCUGGAUGACUGUCGAUGAGCAGACUUCUCGGGCCGUUUAUUGGAUCACACCUACAUGUCUUUGUUGCAAGCAUCCAGCAUUUGCUCAGCACUGUGAUCGUGGCUGGCCCGCAUGCGCGCGAUGUACCUCCCGUGGCAUCAACUGUCUCCCGGGAAAGCAAUGGGGUAACUUGCGUGCCAAGUCUCGUCGUAGAGGUACAGCUUCUUUCGUACCAGCACCCAGGGCCACGACAUCACGAAGUGUCAGGCUCAGUAAUGCUGCUAAAUUAGCUAUUGAGGCUGCCGAAGCUGCUUCUGCUGCUGCAUCAACUGAGAUCACGAAGGCGACUAUGCAAAAGUCAAAUCCCAAACCAAAGGCAACUACUAUCGUGGACACUGAAAUGACGAAUGGCGAAAAAGCAAAUGGUAUUACCACCAAAUCUGCAACGUCCCCUUUAACAGUGCCGGCGGAAAUUACAUCUCCUGAUGUACCAAUUCCUAUCGUCACUGCUCCACCUACUGCCGCAACCUCCCUACCCAAUCGUAGCAAACGACCUCAUUCAGUCCUUGCCGUUCCGUCGUCCAAAAACGAAGUGUUUACCAAACGGCCUCGCCAAAAGGUCCCAUUAGCAAAGUCUGUCGUUGCGUCUUCACCCGACGAUGAAUUGUAUUUCGCACGCCUCAAAGCCAACGAGCUCAAACCCGCGUUGAGCAAUACCCAUGGCUCAUGUCCUGUCUGGGCCCAGACGCGAAGAGGUCUCCAAGCGGCGUUGGAAUACUUUAGAGAACCAAAAAGAACCUUGGGAGCAAGUGUGGAUAUUAGUGGAGGCGGUAUGGCGAGAGGUGUUUUGUUUGAAGGCGCAGUUGAGGCGCAGGGCGUUUACUGGGGGCAAGGUGAACGAAUAGGAACCAUUAUGACUUCUAUCGGUCAUCCUCGUAGACAAAAACCCAUCAUUCCGCAGGAGGACGAGGUAGCACCUGUACUUCCUGAGCCUUCUUCCUCCACGCUUUCAGCUACAGCAGGCAUCAAUCUUGCAGAAUCAUUGAAGUCCGGGAAAAAGGAAGCUGUCAACGACGAGUUACCAGAAAUCAAAGCGCUGUUAAAAACACAAAGAGCGAGGAUACCGGUUGCUCUCGCUGUCGCCCAAGACUAUAGCGCGGUUCCUUUUAGAGUAGCAAAGCCAUUUAUGGUGCUCGGGUGGUUCUGGAUUGUCGAGUCUUGGCUCGAGCCGGUGCUUACUUCAUUGGAACUCUUCAAGCCCAUUCAAAAAGCUCCCAGUGGUCCACCAGAAAAAGUUGUAUGGAAAUUUAGAUUCGAAUAUUGCCGUGGAUCCCAACCACCACCUUGGUGGUCAACUCCCAGCCAGCAGUCUGGUCAACAAGGGGAGGAAUCUAUCACUGCCACCAGAAAGGUGCCUGUUGACUCAUCAUGGGAUUUUAUCGGGCAUAGCAAUACCAAUGAGGCGGAUACGGUGAGAUCACCAACGCCGGUAGAUGAGCCGAACGGUCACGUAGAAAUGUACAGUAGUGAAGAGGAUAAAAAGUACACCCACCAAUGUGAAAACUGCCGAAAGAUCUCACAUAGGGUAUAUGCGGAUGGGGAUAUCUGCCUGAACGAGAGCUGCUCUUGGUUCUUUGGUGAUGCGUCUGAUGCCAGUAACCGGAUAGGACCAAUUCGAAACGAACCGGGAGCACUUCAAGAAAUACCGCAUAUCCUCCCCGAACAGCUCAAUCUCGUUCUGGUUCCGGAGGAACCAGGCGUCCAUAUGUUAAAGGGCGGACGAGAAAAUAUUGGGCGAGAAUACUGGACAGGGUUCGUGUGUAGUAAAUGUAAACUGGCUCAGGAGAGAGAUGAUUGGUCUGGCUGGAGAUGCAAGUUGUGUGAUUACUUUGUGAUUAAAUCUGGAUUUCACUCACACAUCGCCCUCCGGCCUCUCCGACCCGUCUGCACCGGACCAAGGCAAGAAGACGGUUUCGCCACAUGGCCCAAGCCGGCACACAGAUCAUGGUCUCUUUACGAAGAUAACGCCAAGGUCAUUCGUUAUCAGGUCGAUGCCACCCUGGGUCCGGGGACAGAGGUUCAUCAUGUAUUAGGCAGUGAGAGGCAGGCGGAUUUCACUGGGAAAUCUUUCAUGGAGCUGCAAAAGCUGGGAAGCGUACCUUCGGUGGCCGGUGAUGUUAACCUUCCAAAAAGAUUUCCUGCUCUUCCUGACGAAGAAGUGAAGAGACCGGCAGAGUCUUUCUUAUCGCCAUUCUACACCUUUCUCGCGGGCAAUGACGCUCCAUCUCUCCCCGGUUUUCCGACUGGACCUAUCGUACGGUGGAAAUCUUGUCCCAAGACGUUUGUGGAUGUGAUGCACAUCAUCAACUUUCAAGCAGGAAGGAUGUUCCCUGGUCGACCUCAGUUCAGCAAUUUGACUAUGGCGGCAUAUCCUCCUCAAAUUCUAACAUCUCAACACCCUCCAAUCACCGUUCCCCCAAACUCUUACAUCGCCAUCAUGUUUUUAGGAUCCGACUGCACCGUACGGUUUCGACCGGCCGGUACCCGUAUAAAGCCUGGAGAGAUUACAGUCCAACAUGGUGAUCUGAUAGGUGUUCAGGCAGGUAGCGAGCCAACAGAUGUUAGUUUAAAAACGGGCUCUUUUGGAAUCAUCUGCAUCGCUCGUCAUGGUGGUCAAUAUGCCGAAUCCCAAAACCAAAACGAAUUCAAGUCCGAAAGUCCGCUUGAAUCUGCCCCUGUUCCCGCAGAAAUAAUAGAAAAACCUGCUCUUCUUCCGGAAGCUCCUCUGACCAACUGGUACAUAGGAGGUCUACCUCUUGAUCCUGCACAGCCUACGAUUGUCUUGCCACCUUUUAGAGCUGAGCGGCCAAAACCUGUUUGGACUGGGGAUGCGACAAAUGUAGAAGAAAAAAGCAAGGAGAACAAUGAAGGGCAACAAGCAGAUCCAAACAUUGUUAUUCUUACCACUCCUCCGCCUACUCCUCGUCUGCGAGAACCGCGAGGUCUAUCACCGCUUGCUGGAUAUGGUGAAAGCACAGCUUCCCUUCGUCGAUCACUCGCUGUUGCAUCUCCAUCCUCGCCGCCAGUGGCUGCUAAGAGGGGCGGAAAGGCGACGAGGGGACGGGCUAGUACGGGAUCUAGUGUAGCCGACGGUCGUCGAUCAUCAACACCGAUGAGAGGAAGGAAGAGAGCAUCUACUGGCAAGCGGAAAGCAAAAGCAGAACCGGAAGCGAGUGAUGUAGAGGGCGAGGACGAGGUAUCCAACAGUGGAGAGCCGGAAGAAGAUGGUAAAGGAAAAGGGAAAAGAAGGAAGAAUAUCGGUGGGAGAAGGAGCUUGGGCACACCAACUACCACGAGAGGCAGGGGCGGAGGAAGAGGAAGAGGUGGAAGAAAGAGUGCGGUAGUUUAACGUCUUGAUGUUACUACCAUAAUCUUGCGUUCACUGGUCAGGACCAUUCUACAGAUAUAUAAACUGCAUCUUUCAAAAUAUACAACAUCAUUUAAAGGUGAAACAUGUUUUUCAACCUGUUGGAUAAUGUGCCAGAUAGGUUGGAGACAUUGCCAUUGGAUUACAUUGUGUCUCCUUAGAAAUGGAAUGAUCCCAAUUACAAAUGCGGAAGAUGCUGAGCGCAUAAAGACACCAUUUCAGACGUCCCGAUAUCCUUUAUGAUCGAAAAA